GAGUUAACGGAAGCAUAUCGCGUUGGCGGUGCAGCGGUUGUCAGGGUCGGGGAGUCGGGAUCGGGAGGGCUGUGAGUUGAGCUGUCUGCGUCUGGCCAGUCUCUUAGAAGUUGUGGUGCGGGGAGGUGUGCUCCAUCUGCCUGCUGCGCUGCCUGACACGUGCACCUCAUCCACUCGCGUCCCGUGCACAGUACAGGUGUUGCAAAGAUGGCGGGGACGCGGCGUAUCCUGUGGGGUCCUCUAGCCUGCAUCCUACUGCUGCCUAUCUGCCUGCUGGGGCAAGUGGACGCGGAGACCCAGCGGCGCUUCCUUCAGGAGAUUCUAGACCGUGACUACGACGUGAAUGUGUGGCCGGGGGGGAGAGAUGCCGGUGCAGGAGCCCACGGUGGUCACGGUGCAAGUGUUUAUCAACUCCUUCGGCUCCCUCAACGCCGCCAACAUGGAUUACAACAUCGAUGUGUUCCUCCGCCAGCGCUGGAACGACCACCGUCUCCAGCUGUCAGGGAACAGGACGCGCAUCACUGUCCUCGACCCUGCAAUGCAAGCCAAGAUCUGGAAGCCUGACACGUACUUCAACAACGUGAAGGACGCCUCGGUGCACAAGGUGACAAUGCCCAACAUUCUCCUGCGCAUCGACAAGAACGGCGACAUUCUGUACAGCAUGAGGAUUACUCUCAAGCUCUCCUGCAACAUGCAACUUCACCAGUUUCCAUUUGACGCCCAGCGUUGUAGCCUUACCAUGGCCUCCUACGCCAACACGGACGACGUCAUCAUCUAUGAGUGGGAUCAAGACCUGCCUAUCGACAUGCCUGAUGAGUUGGAGAUAGCCCAGUUCGACCUGCUGGAGGACCGACGCGUCACGGAGAGCGAUACGCAGGUCUACGUGACGGGUAACUUCAGCUCCCUCAAGGUGUCCUUCGACCUGCGCCGCCAGAAUGGGUACCACGUGCUGCAGACCUACAUCCCCACCAUCCUCAUCGUGGUCAUCUCCUGGGUGUCCUUCUGGCUGGACCCUAACGCCGUGCCUGGCCGCGUGUCCCUGGGAGUCACCACCCUUCUCACCCUCACCACCCUCGCCUCCGGUAUCAGGGCUCAGCUCCCUCCUGUCUCCUACGUCAAGGCCAUUGACGUGUGGAUCGGGAUGUGCAUGAUCAUGGUCUUCGGCGCCCUGCUGGAGUUCACCUUCGUCAACUGGCUGGCCAAUAAGAAGAUGAUAGGGGAGCCCUCGUUAGCCUUCCGCCUCCCUCUCGCCCUGUUCGGGUCCGACGAGGAAGAGGUGGGACUGGACAGUGGUGUUGGUGAUAGUGAUAAGGUUGAUAGCGAGGCAGCUCCUGACGACACUAACUCAUACCAAGAUCCGGAACCCAGCGGAGCAGACCCCAAGGAACCCAAGAACUACUACAGCCACGCCAUGGCCAUUGACCGUCUGUGCCGUGGCUUCUUCCCAGGGGCGUUCCUUAUCUUCAAUUUGAUCUACUGGCCCUACUACCUCAUGCGGCAGCACACACCCGGAGAGAUGAUGGACGACACCAGCUUCGCAGCCUAGGGCGCCGCGGAGAUCCUGCGCUAGUCACAAUACAGUAUUCUUCUCCAAUUUUUACUUGAUGCAUUCUGUGAUGCUUUUUUUUUUUUUUUUUUACAUGAAUACUUUGUUACCUGGAGAAGGCGAUGACCAAAGUGAAGGCAGACCUCAGCUUCGUGACGGGUUCUCUGGUGCUGGCCUCGCCUCACUGCUCCAAAUAUCCGACCAUGAGUUAGUUAAGCAUGGUAUACUUAGCAAAAGAAAUGUGCCGUAAAUAUCGCUCCACAGUCACUAUGGCCGAGAUUAUUUUUAAACAUAAAGAAGGGAAAUUAGAUAUGUAUCUUAGUCAUUUUUUUAUGUAAGAGCUGACACUUUUUGCAUCAUGACGCAUCGCCUUGCACGGGUAGUUAUUACUGGUACACAACUAAUGUGCUCUGGUGUGCCCAAAUGCACGAGUUUCCACGCUGAACGCGACUUUUGAACAAUACAGAUGAAUUACACAAGUAUUGAACUGACUGCUUCAUUCUCGGACAGAGAAAAAACAGUCUAAUUUUGCGCGUUACUGGACACCUGUAUGCGUCCCCUGCUUCCUGGAGUGUAAAAAUGGCUUCAUUAAAACCAUGAUGUUCUUUUAAAAAGAAGAGGACCAGUGUAGCGCCCCAAGAUGCUCGCGUCCUCCCCGCCGUGGGAAAUAAGAUUUUUAGAGAUGCCAAUUUAUCAUUCUCAUGCAGCCUAGGUUUGCUAUCGUCUCUCCACGAUCUCACAGUCAAGAGAUUCUCGUUAUCUUUCAUGUGGGACUUAUAUAAAACAUUAUCGCUUCGCUGCAGCCUAAGCAAUCCCACAACUUAAAGCUGCAAGUAUAUUAUGAACUCUAGUACAUUUUUAUAUACAUCUACUUAAGCGUGGUAUGAUUUUCGAAGUAUUAUUUUGAUAACUGGUUGCCUCCCAACGCUUUCGCUGAUUCUUUUACGACUGGCCUUGGAGAGCUCAAUGGAAUCGUGAAUAGAUUGAAAGGCGCUUCACCUCGUCACUGGAACAGCCGAGGCUCCGGCACCUGAGGCAGGUUGUGUUCUUAUAUAUUUUUUUUUCUGGUGAUGUAAGUCAUUAAUGAUUCCAUCCUUGACUUUUGCUGCAAAAUAGACUUACCUAGAUAAACGUCAGCACCGCCUCUGCGACAUACUGAUGUUAUUACACUGCCCUUGUCCCCAACUCAUAAUGAUGCAUUCUGAAAUAUAUAUAUAUAUAUAUAUAUAUAUAUAUAUAUAUAUAUAUAUAUAUAUAUAUAUAUAUAUAUAUAUAUAUAUAUAUAUAUAUAUAUAACGCAACACCAGUUCUCGCUACUCCCAGUUUGAUAACAACCAACUCCCGGUGUUCUUCAGAAUCUCAAGUAUGAUUCAGUAGAAAACUUUUUUUUUGUGUGUGUGUGUGAGCUGUCCUGCUUUUUUUUUUUUUUCUUUCUUUCCCUCUUGCUGUAUUUUUAUGUCUUAACUCGUGUUGUUCACUUUAGUUAGUAAAAAUCAGCUCAGCUUGAAAGUUUUGAUAACAAUGAAGUGAAGAUUUCUAAAGAUUGAUAACUCUUACUGUUGCAAGAGGAAAGGAGUGUUCAUUUGUAUAAUCUGGCGUGAAGGAUAUAAGAUAUUUAAUUGAUGGCCAUAAUUUCCUGUCAGAUUCAUUCUUCAGAUAUCUUUUUUUACGUGUAUAACUCUCUUUUGACAUUUUACUAAUAAAGUUGUCCUGUUGUU